UUCCUAUUUCAAACAACGCGGCGAAGUUGUGGUUGGCUACACUGCAGUAGCUCGCCGCUCCUUUCCGGCGACACUAUCCUAAUGGACUCUUUUCCGGUCGGGCAAAAUGACGGGCUUCAGUGAAAAGCCAAUUCUUAUAGAUGGCCGUGGCCAUCUCCUUGGCAGGCUGGCAGCCAUCAUCGCCAAAAAAACUCUUGAAGGCAACAAAAUUAUUGUUGUCCGUAGUGAACAGUUAAACAUUUCUGGAAACUUCUUCAGAAAUAAGCUGAAGUUUAUGUCUUUCCUCCGUAAAAGAUGUAACGUCAAUCCUGCUCGUGGACCAUUCCACUUCCGUGCCCCUAGCAAAAUUCUAUGGAAAACAGUCCGUGGAAUGAUCCCUCACAAAACGCAACGAGGAAAGGAUGCUUUGAGGAGACUAAAGGUCUACGAAGGUUGUCCACCGCCCUAUGACCGUAGGAAACGUCUGGUUGUCCCUGGUGCAAUGCGAGUCAUGUGCCUGAAACCUGGAAGGAAGUACUGCCACGUUGGAAGGCUAUCCCACGAAGUCGGAUGGAAAUACAAGGCAGUUGUGCGUACUCUGGAGAACAAGAGGCGUGUCAAGUCUAUCCUCGAAGUCAAAAAGAGAGACAAACUCAAGAAACUUACGAAGGAAGCUGGAGAGAAAAUCGCACCACAGGCUGCACGUUACACUAAGAUUAUCAACGAGUUUGGAUAUAAUUAAAACGUUUAUUACGAGGAUAAUAAAGCCUUUUAAACAACA